AUCAAGUAGAGGCCACUAGAGGGAGGCAGGGAGCGAAGGAGAGAUGGCGGGGCUGGGAAGACUUGUUGCCGGGUUGCCUUUGAGAAGAGUGGCUCUCACGCCCGCCGUGGUCACCACCAGGAGACACGUAGCCUCUGGAAACCAAGGGGAGGCAGUGAGGAUUGGAUGUGCCAGUGGCUUUUGGGGCGACACUCCCACAGCAGCCCACCAGCUCAUCCGUCAUGGCCGCCUGGACUUCCUCAUGUUUGACUACCUCUCGGAGAUCACCAUGUCACUGCUCACUGCUGCCAGAGCCAAGAAGCCAGAGUUUGGCUUUGCACCAGACUUUGUCCUCUAUGCUCUGGGACCUCACCUGGCAGAGAUGAAGAGGCAAGGUGUGCGGGUACUGAGCAAUGCUGGCGGCAUCAACCCUGAGGGCUGUGCGGCCGCCCUCAGGCAGGCUGCUAAGAAGGCCGGGGUGGACAUCAAGGUUGGGGUGGUGACUGGUGAUGACCUGAUGCCCCAAAAAAGUGACCUGCUGGAGGCUAAUCUGUGUGACAUUGCCUCUGGACUUCCCCUUCCUGCCUCAGCCCAUAGCAUCAAUGCAUACUUAGGGGCCACAGCCAUGGCACGUGCUUUGGAGCAAGGUGCUGAUGUGGUGGUGACAGGGAGGUGUGCUGACAGCUCCAUGGCUCUCGCUCCACUCAUGCACUCAUUUGGUUGGGGUCCUGAUGACCUGGACCAGCUGGCAGCAGGGAGCUUGGCAGGUCACCUAAUAGAGUGUGGUGCUCAGGCAACUGGUGGCAUCUUCACAGACUGGCACACUGUUCCUGACUGGCAUAACAUUGGUUUCCCCAUUGCUGAGGUCUCCCCCAGUGGCCGCCUUAUCAUCACCAAGCCUGAGGGCACUGGGGGUCUGGUGAGCACAGGUACAGUGUCUGAGCAGCUCCUCUAUGAGAUUGGAGACCCUCGGGCAUAUGUAUUGCCUGACGUAGUGUGUGACCUGUCAGGGGUGCAGAUGAGGGAGGUGGAGGCAGGUGUGGAGGUGUGGGGUGCCAAGGGAAAGCCCCCCACCAAUAAAUACAAGGUUUCUUCCACAUACCUGGACGGUUACAAGGCCACUGCUGUGUGUGCCGUGGGUGGCCCUCGCAGUGCAGCCAAAGGCCACAGGACAGCCGAGGCCAUACUGAAGCGGUGCCGGGGGAUCCUGAAGAGUUUGGGCAUGUCGGACUUUGAACGGACACAUGUGCAAGUGCUGGGGGCUGAGGACACCUAUGGCCCUCAUGCCAGGGCAGGCAAUGGGCCAAGGGAGGGUGUGAUCUGGUUCUCAGCCACCCACAAGAACAAGAAGGCCCUGGAGGUGUUUGGGAUGGAGAUAGCAGCAGCCGGCACUGGCAUGGCGCCUGGACUGACAGCCAUUGUGGGGGGCCGGCCUAAACCGUCUCCCUUGCUCCGGCUCCACUCAUCCCUUAUUGAGAAGGAAAGAUGCAAGGUAAAGGUAAAUGUGGAAGGCAAAGAGAGUGAAGUAGAAGCCGGCACCCAGAACACUGUCCCAGCCUCUAGUUAUGAUCUGCCACACCAGCCGACCUCUGAUGUCCCUGACCUGAAGACUGGCCCUCACAGCUAUCGUCUGGAGGAGCUUGCAUUCACCCGCAGUGGUGAUAAAGGAAACUCCUGCAACGUGGGUGUGGUGGCACGUAGCCCAUCCCUCUAUCCUUACCUGCAGAAGGCCCUCUCAGCUGCUGCAGUUGGAGAAUACUUUAGCCAUGUGUGGGGAGCUGAGCUGGGUCCUGAUGCUCCUCAUGAAUGUGUUAAGAGGUAUGAGGUGCCAGGAAUCCACGGCCUCAACUUUGUGCUGGAGAAGUCACUGGGCGGUGGUGGUGUGGCCUCCCUCCGCUCUGAUCCACAGGGCAAGGCGUUUGGUCAGAUGCUCCUUGACUUCAAGGUCACAGGAAUGCCUGACCUCGCUUCUCUCAGGGACUAGUCACAUUGGUCUUUAUGCACUCUUAAGGUGUGCCUCAGGGUUAUUGUUGGUUUCAUAGGUAUAGUUCAUACUUCAUUAUCUUUAGUUCAUAUAAUCAGUUGUACAAAACUACACCAUUAUGAAAGCAUUCUUGUUCAAAUUUCAUAUUUUUAUAAAUGGUAAUGCACAAGUUGUUAUAGUAGUAUGUGCAAAACCUGAGUCUGUGAUAGUAAAGAUAGAGAUAAUGUGCAAGAAUUGAUAAUUGGUGCCAGGCUUGUCAGAAUUAGCCAGUUAUCUUUUUGAUAUGCAAGAAACACUAUAU